AUGGCUCGGGUCGGUAUGGCUCGGAGCCAGAGCCCAGAGGCCAGAGGUUCAGCUUCUGCUUCAUGCACGAAAGCUUUAUUCAAUUGCGCAAAGAAGCUGAUACGGGAACUGGAAGAAUUCCAAGAGGAGCUUACUCUUGCAGAUUUUUCUUUCACAAUUUCUAUCACGACCCAUUUGUUCUCAUACGGAUCUAAGCUCUCGGGUGCUUCUGCAUUUCUGUUUCACUUAACGCCUGCGCUUCGAAGGAGAGUUUGCCCAGUGGUUUUCCGCAAGGAAGUCAAUGGAGUGAAGAUUGAUGACAGCGUCGAAAAGGGUUUUGUUGAAGCAGGUUCUAGGUCGGAGCUGCCAUUCUGGCUUGCUAAGGAGUUGCACUUGAGGCAAGCUGUAUCAAUGAGCACUCCUGCCUGUUUCAAUCAAAAAACGAGGAUGGAAAUCCAGGCUGAUGCAGCAUGCGUGGAUUUGAGAUCUCGGUGCCCAUACUUCUAUGAAUUUGGAUGCAAGAUAGCACCAUUGGUUGGGGAUCAAACCAUUGGAUAUUUGCUCUUAUCUGCCUUCAAAACCAGAUACGAGAUAAUCUUGAGUAAGGCACACACUGCAACAUUUUCUGCAUCUUCCAAACUCUCAACGAUUUUAACCAAAGAGGAAACCGAUUUAUAUGAAACCGCACAAUGGUCCAUGGCAGCCUUUAAGAAGUGGAGGACUGGUGGCCCUAGAUUUCAGAAAGCUUCCAUCCUCGGGAGGAAAAGAAGAUCAAUUGAUUAGGUGCAAUUUCUCACUUGGCGAUACUCAAAAUGCUUACGCCAUUUACAUGUCGAGUGGUUCUUGAUUGGAAGAUUGGUCUUCUGUUUAUUUUACUUUAGCUACAGAAGGUUCACUUCUGCAUGAUAGCGUGCUACAUUCUGAGUUUCUAUAUAAGUGAUCCCAUCAGCAUUGCUAGCUUACAAAACUGUGCUGCAUAAAGAGAUGCUUGAGCCCCAAACCAAUGUUGUUUUGCAUUGAAAACUUGUUAGCCAAUUCAAAUAUAUUAGUAAUUAGUGUACAUGUAUGUUUCUUUGCAUAUAAAUAACUCUUUUUUAACGUAGUAUUCAAAAGUGCAUAA